GUGGAUCAUCUCCUCAUUCCACAUGCCCAAAUCACUUUCUUUUUGUGUUUCCAAAAAUUAUAGGAACAUGGAAGACUCUGCAGUGGACAAAUUCCAAAAGGAAGGCCUUGCAUCACAAGAGGGGCAUGUAGCUUCAGCUGGAAGGACCUGCAACAGUAUGCCCUUCCAGAAUGUGGCUGAUGAACAUGGGGAGGUGUGGAUCAGAAGAAAUGAUGGGCAGGCACAACCAGUGCUGGAGGAAAGUUAUAUGUGCCGAGAUGUGGAAGAACGUCUUGGGAAUUCAGGGGGAAUGAAGGAGAAAGGAAACCUAAUCAGUGAAAGGAAUGCAUCUUUUGCUAAUUUGAACAUUGGUUUCCAUGAAAUUUCAGUCCAUCAAAACAUUGCAAAAGAAGGGAAAAGGCAUGAGGCUUCUGCCUAUGUAGAAAGUUGGGAUGAGACAUCAGAUAUGAAAAUGCAUUGGAAAGCCCACACAGGAGAUAAACCAUUUAAAUGCAUUGACUGUGGAAAGAGUUUUAGUAGGAGCUCAGACCUUAUUAGGCAUAAAAGAGUUCACACUGGAGAGAAACCAUAUGAAUGCCCAGAGUGUGGAAAGAGCUUCAGUCAAAGCAGAAACCUUACUUCCCAUCGAAGGAGCCACACAGGAGAGAAACCUUUCAAAUGCUUGGAGUGUGGAAAGUGCUUCAGUAACAGUGGCAUUCUCACCUCCCAUCAGAGAAGCCACACUGGAGAGAAACCCUAUAAAUGCUUAGAGUGUGGGAAGUGCUUCAGUCAAAGCGGCAUUCUUACUGCGCACCAGGCAAUGCACGCCGGGCAAAAACCGUUUCCGUGCCUGGAGUGCGGUAAGAGGUUUCGCCAGCUCAUACACCUUACCUCUCAUGAGAGAAUCCAUACAGGAGAGAAACCAUUUCAGUGCUUGGAGUGUGGGAAGAGUUUCCGCCAGCAUAUACAUCUUACUUCUCAUAAAAGAACCCACACGGGAGAGAAACCAUUUCAGUGCUUGGAGUGUGGAAAGAGCUUCAGCCAGAGUUCACACCUGAUUCGGCAUGAAAGAACCCACACGGGAGAGAAACCAUUUAAAUGCCUCCUUUGUGAAAAGAGCUUUGGCCACAGCUCCGAACUUGUUCGACACGAAAGAACUCACACAGGGGAGAAGCCAUUUAAGUGUCCAGAGUGUGAGAAGAGCUUCAGUCGCAGCUCUGAACUUAUUCGACAUAAAAGGAUCCACACAGGGGAGAAGCCCUAUAAAUGCUUGGAAUGCAACAAGAGCUUCAUCGAUAGCACAAACCUCAUUAGGCAUCAGAUAAGUCACACAGGAGAGAAACCAUACAAGUGCCAGGAGUGUGGGAAAUGCUUCAGUCAGAGCAGAAGCCUUACUGCGCAUCAGCGGAUUCACACAGGUGAGAAGCCCUUUAAAUGUCAGGAAUGUGGAAAAUGCUUUAGUCAGAGUGGAAUCCUUACGGCGCAUCAAGGGAUGCAUACAGGACAGAAACCCUUCAAAUGCCUGGAGUGCGGAAAGAGGUUUCGUCAGCACAUCCACCUGACUUCCCACCGAAGAAUCCACACGGGUGAGAAGCCAUUUAAAUGCCCGGAGUGUGGAAGGAGCUUUCGUCAGCACAUCCAUCUUACCUCUCACAAAAGAAUCCACACCGGGGAGAAACCUUUCAAAUGCCAGGAGUGCGGAAAGAGUUUUAGUCACAACUCCAUCCUUAUUUCUCACGUGAGAACUCACACUGGGGACAAACCUUUUAAAUGCUUGGAGUGUGGAAAGAGCUUUACUUGGAGCACCCUCCUGAUUAGACACGAACGAACUCACACGGGGGAGAAACCCUUUAAAUGCCCGGAGUGUGGCAAGGGCUUUAGUGAGAGCUCACUUCUUAAUAAGCACCGGAGGCGUCACACUGGGGAAAAACCAUUCAAAUGCUUGGAGUGUGGAAAGAACUUUUUUUCCAGUACACUCCUUAUUCGACAUCAGAGGAUUCACACAGGGGAGAAACCACUGAAUAUUUGGAAUGUGGAAAAUGCUUCAGUUGAACCUCGGAAAUUGUUUGAGAUGAAAGAACUUGAAGAGGAGAACAUUCUUAGCCAUGAUCAGAAUGUGGCAAAAGUGGUCGUGCCAUAAGUCUAGAAAUUAUUUACCAAAAAUGUGCAGAGCAAGGAACCAUAGCUAUUCUUUUAAUGGAAAAAGAGUUUCUGUCUCAGCACUGUAUCAUUUCUCAUCAGGAAAUGCACAAGAGGCAAUGUGGAGCAGAAGUACCCGAAGCAGGGCAGGACAGGAAUAUAUUUCUAGGAAAGUUUUGCCUAAUCGUAAGUCUGUCAUCUUGUCUAGGUGCUCUUAACUUCCUUGAAGAGUUAGAGUAAAUGGAAGAAACGCACUAAUUUAAUUCUUAUGGUAAAAGUAUGUUUCGUAAUCACUUCAACUAAGACUUUCUAGGCAUUCACAGUCAACCUGUGUGAUACAACACUUUUCUUCUCCUUGUACAGAAGUCACUCCUUCGGUAUUUCUGUUCUUUUUCCUGUUUUUUAAAUUCAUUUGGGAACGUAUUAGGCAGUACUCAAGAGCCUGGUUGCUAUUUGUGCCCUAAAGAUUAGUACAGCGGAAAAGACUUGUUUAUCACGACAUUU